UGUUGGGGUAAUAUGAGCUCGUUAAUCAGAACCAGAUUGCCUACUGUUCGGUGUUCAUGUGGAAAAGUUUUCUCUGCGGGCACGUCGUUUGGUCAAUUAUGACGCCUUCUAUAUCCGCGUUCUGUGUGGUCCUUGGAAUGGGAGUGUGCAUAUGUCGCUAUGGUAUGUGCAGUCCAUUGGGGAACAAUCAACAAAAACAGAACCAGGAGCUAGUAAAACAUUUGAACGAGGUAUGUCAGGAGAAUAAUAAAGAGACCGUGUAUGAGGAAGAAUUGAAUAUGUGUGUGUCAUGUUCAUCUUGCCAUCUGCACUCCCAGGAUGAUCACUGUCACACUUGCCGAGCAUUUGGGAUCAUUCCUACACCGGUGUUUGAAGUGACUGUCCAAAACACUGAUGAAAAGGACGACCCUGAGCCUGAUAAUGCACAUGAUAAGUCCAGUCCCGAUUUAGAUUCUUCGUCUGACAUGGGGUUACCAGUGGCUGUAGUUGGAGUAGUUGUAUGUUGCGGUGGUGUCACCUUGGUGGCUAUGGGAUUGUUGUUCAAACGAAGAAAUGUUUCAGGGAUGUUGCCUGUUCCACAACAUGAUUGUACAGCAGCCUAUUCAAAGCCCAAACAAGAGACCGGCCGUCCAGACAAAUUCCACCCAAGCAAUGACCUCUCCCACAUCAAACUUGAUCAGCAGGAUUUCGGUGGCACCGAAACCAUGGUGUAAGUUUCUUAGCAAUUUAAUGUAGAGACCCGUUUCUACAUUAUUAUUGCAGACAGACAAAACAACUCAAAACACAACACGCAGAAAGAGAGGAUGGCCCGGGAAAAAAGUGUUAGCGAAGAUCGAACUGACGCUUUAGAAGGAAAUGAGAUGCCAGUCAAAAACGGUAUGACAGAUAGAAAUGAAAGUCCUUUCUAUGGUAUACAUGAUUAUGGGUUUCUGGGUUUCCGGCUGGUUCCUGGUAACUAUAAUUUUGUCAUGCUUAUCUAGGUUUUGUUCUUAGGCCGUGCCCGAAUUGGUGGCUAUGGCUGCGGCAACGACCAUUGCCAGGGAUGUUGCUAAGGGCGUCCUAUACUUCAAUGCAUGAUGACGCGGCGAUCAAGCCGUAGCCGUAGUCGUAGCCGCCAAUUCGGAUCCGGCCUUAGGCAGAGCUCUAUGAAACCGAGUCUGGUACUGAAAGCAGUUACUAUGGUAAUCGUGAACAGGGCUUUGGGUGAUAGACUUGUAAACGUCCAGUGGACGUUGGGUUAGUCUUAGACUUAGGUCAAAGGAGGAUGGACGAUGUGUGAUGGAUGGAUGGACUGCGGGUGAUGGUAGACUUGUAAACGACUGGCUGACGUUACAAUGUGGGACCAGGUCAUAAAUAAAGAAGACUCACACCCCACCCGAUGGUCAAGGCGGCCUCCAUUUUUAAAUUGUACCAAACAUGUGUUGCAAUUUGACAACUCUUUAGAUCGAACUGACGCUUGUGGUAGUGCGCUAAUGUUCAUUCUCGAUUUCACGAAGCAUUCGUACACGUUGCCUUCGGAUUGGGUGCUUUUGGCUUUUCAAGCGUCUGUUAUAAAACGAAUAUGGUUGGACAGUUAUGUUUCAAAAGUAUAAACUAUGACGACUCACGCAAAUAUCUCGCGACAUUGUCUGGUUUCUUUUUACUUCGUGAACUACGGUUCACCAUUUUGUUCAGUCAAAAAUGUAAGACAAUAUGGCGGACUGUGUUGGUUCACUAAGUAAAAAGAUAACCACACCACUUGCCUAGGUAUAGAAUUUUGUAGCCCAAAACGCCCAAUCAAAAGGCAAUGUGUCCGAUUGAGGAUGAGUUGUUGAUAUUGAUUGGCAGUGUGGCGUCACACUUUGCUUGUAUAAAUUCAAACUUCCAUCCAUCCCUUUAUGAAAUCGGCCUAACUCAAUUUUGUUGAGCUGCUUAAACAGACUAUUGCUUAACCACUUUCUAUUUAGAAAGAAAUGAGAUGUCAGUCAAAAACGGUAUGACAGAUAGAAAUGAAAGUCCUCUCUAUAGUAUACAUGAUUAUGGGUUUCUGGGUUUCCGGCUGGUUCCUGGUAACUAAUUUGGUUAUGCUUAUCUAGGUUUUGUUCUAUGAAACAGAGUCUGGUACUGAAAACGGUUACUAUGGUAAUCGUGAACAGGGCUUUGGGUGAUAGACUUGUAAACGUCCAGUGGACGUUGGGUUAGUCUUAGACUUAGGUCAAAGGAGGAUGGACGAUGUGUGAUGGAUGGAUGGACUGCGGGUGAUGGUAGACUUGUAAACGACUGAAUGACGUUUACAAUGUGGGACCAGGUCGUAAAUAAAGAAGACCCCCACCCCACCCGAUGGUCAAGGCGGCCUCCAUUUUUAAAUUGUACCAAACUUGUGUAGGCUGUUGCAAUUUGACAACUCUUUGCUUCAUUGGUGUAGUCUUCUGAAUCAGAUUCGAUUUUCUUUUAUCUCUACACGAAGCAGUCUUUUAUUAGACUAGUAGACAUCUACCUACUUUGGAAACUAUAUGUGAACAAAUUCAAUGCAUACCAUUGAAUGCAUGUAUGAAAGUUGUUGAUUGGGCAAAACAUAAUCAGACAUUUUUUGCAACGAUGUUGAUUGUUAAAAUCCUUCAUCUUAAAGCUUGUCUGCUGUGUAAUUUAAGAGUCAAACUAUAUUCAGCUCCGUUGUAUAAUAAUAUUUGAGAUUUUUUUAAAAUAUUUCUCUGUUCUUGGUUUUACCAAUAAGAAAAAAUUAACGUAGCUUUGUUGUUUUUAACACACAGUUCAAGUGAAUUAAUGUAAAAGAUAGGAGUAUAAUUUUGAGUUACAACUUGCGUUAAAUAUUUUUAUUGGCCAUGUGUUUUAAGCAUAUUAUUUUUUAGAUUAUUGUGUUUUAUCAUUGUUUGCAUGGUGUUUUGAAUGAUUUGUUUUAGCUAUUUCUCCAAUCAUGUACUUGUCUUCAAGCUAAAACCUUAUACCAGUGAAUCUGAAAGUUACAAAGGGAAAAUCAAAUCACAGAGACAUCAGUCAAUUGCUAUAUCAUCCACUAAUACAAGUUCAAGACCGACAUUGGUUGUUUUGGUUUUUUUUCCACACCGGGUGGCCGUCGGCUAAAUUACUAUCAACUCAAAUUGGAAUUGGAAUAAUGCUGAAUGGGUUGAUUCUACUAUUAUAUGCUAUAGAGCCUACGUAUACAAUCAAGGUUCAAGCUAUGAAAAAAUCAUCAUAGUAAUCACAACAAUAUUUACGGCUUCUACAAACAAUUUGUUUUGACCCGUAGGUCAACUCAUAGAUUUGCAUAAACCUUGCGUACAGAAUACCUUGAACUCUGUCCCCCAGACAACAAAACAAGCUCGCAGACUCCCACGGUUUUUUACACCUUUUUAAGCAUCGUUAUUUAUAAAGGCCUACAAGUAGUGUUGACCCAUUGUGUUAGUUUUAGUAUGGAUGAUCAAGGAAAUAGGAAUAUAGCAUUACAGGAUUAUGGUUUUUCCCGAUCAAAAACAUUGUGUUUUAUGUUGCUACCGAUGUGGAAAGUGGUUUAGUUUGAAGUUGACACAAACACUCAUUACUCACACGAUAUUUCAUUACUAUGGGCGUUCAAUUAGACAUUUUUGUUUAGGGUGCAAGCGGGGUUAAAUACAUAAUUUGUGGAGGAUAAUAUUGGACCAAUCAUUUAUCUAUUUCUGGAAUCCAUUUUGGAUGUUGGCAAUUAGGGCAAGAUUCUGGGUGGUUGACAUGUCCUGUCUAGUUACGCCACUGUUCAUGGGGUUACCUUAUAUUUUAGUUAUUGUAUUGUAUUGUGUCUUUGUUAAAUAGUUCUUGUGGCUUAGUUACAGUUUGUUUUAGCGCAUGUGCAUGCAUUGUUUUAGAGGCAAAGUAUUCCUUUGGUUUUUGGAACCAUACAAAAUGUAGCUUUUGCAAUGAAAAGGUGAUUGCAUUUUUUUUAGACAUCGCCUUAAAUCUGGAGCAAUAUAUAUUAUGUCCACACACUGAGGAAAAAUAAUCCGUAUAGGGAAUACACAAUCUAAAAAGCGUUCGCUUUUGUGGCAUAAAAACUAAUAGCCUUUUUCGUUUUAUAAAUAACCACAUUACUUUGAAGUUUCUCGAAACGCUUUAUAUUAUCGAAACUGCUGUAUAGGUUCUAAACCAAAAGCUUACUUUGCCAUUAAAACGUAUUGGACCCUACCUGAAUUCCCUUUUAACGUAGACAAGAUUGUAUAAUGAAUUCUACUAUUAUAUUUGCAUUUUAAUUUUUUAGCAUAGUGUACUUGAGUCGUAUUUGCAAUUCUUUCCGAUUUUUAAUAAAUGCAAAAUAUUAUUUGCCUGCCUAGUUAA